AUGCCUUUUCUCAAGCCCACCUCCCGCUCCGCCAACAUCCGCAUCGAGCGAGUGGCGGUGGCCAAAGUCCUGAAGCCAGCCCCGGCUGGAGUCAAGAAAACAACACACGUCUCUGAGCGAUCCAGCUCCACCAAGCAGGCAAAGUCUCCUCAGACCGCCAAGCCAAAGGCCAAGCUCACCAAAAAGGCCUCGACCGCAACCAAGACGCCAAAGCCUACAAGCGGCAGCGGCGGCAUCCACGGCUCGUGUUCCGCCUCGGCGCCUACUACUACUACUACUACUACUACUACUACUACUCCUCCUCCUCCUCGCAGUAGCAACGCCAACAAGACGCCAAAGGUCACCACCACCACCACCAGAAAGACCCGCACCAAACAGCCUCAAAUCCCACAGGGUCUGGUGGCCAUCAACAGCUUCGGUUCGGCGGCGGCGACUCACCGAUCCCAGGUCGGUCACUCGCACGAACACUACCGUCUCCUCCCGACAACAACCACCACUCUCACAAAGGGAGGAGAUUCAAACAACAGCGGGGCGCAACGCAAGCCAGUCACCAGUCUCGCAACGCCCUCGCCCACGCCUAGCGUGGUCUGA